AUGUUCAGGACAAUCAGGGAAGUUAUAAUUAUUUUUGUUUUGAGAGAAGAAAAAAUUGACAACUUUAUAGGCGCACCCAGUAGAAAAACCAAUGAAAACAGUGAUAAAGAAUGUAAUAACCACAAAGAACAAGACCUAACCUACAAUGAGGUACGUGUUUUAAAUCUAAAACAUGAGAUAGAUAUAGCUAAAAUAGAUUUGGAACAUACGAAAAGGCUAGUAAGUGAGCUAGAAAGAACCAUUGAACACCAGAAAGAAAUAAUUUCUUUAUUAAAGUAUUCGCAACCAAAACAAAUUAUUUGCGACGUUGCCAAUACUAAGUUGAUUCCUCAAAAUAAAGGAAAAUUUAAUCAAACCGAAAAAACUGCAGUAGAAACCAUAGUAAAGAAUAAAGAAACUCAAAAAAAACAGGAACAUCAAACUGAAAAAAAUGCAAACAAAACAAUUGGAAAUAACUCCGAUGUACACCAGAGUUUUGCUUCAGCAACAAGAAAAGCAUGGCUAUGUAUAAGCAAAAUCAAAGUGGGUACCAAAUGCGAAGAUAUAGAAACGCAUCUAAAAUCAAAAUUCCCUAACAAUGACUUCACUAUUGAAGAGCUUCCUAGACGUAAGGAGGCAGCAAGUAUGUCCUUCAAACUUGGAGCCGAUACAAAUUUACUAAAUGAGCUGAAUAAACCAGAAACUUGGCCAAAUGGAAUUUAUAUAAAAAGAUUUUAUUUUAACCAAGGUACUUUCGGUGAAAAAGGAAACAAAAAUGAGUAA